GUUGGAAUUAACAGAAGAGGAAAUACAAACAGUUUUUCAGAAUAUUGAUUUGUUUUCUGAAGAUGAUGAGAAAGAAGAUUUUGAUGAUUUGAACGAAUCCGAAGAUUCUGUUGAUUCUGAAGUUGAAGAUCAAGACUUGGAGAUAGAAAAUUUAAUAACUUUAAAUGAUAUUGGAUAA